AUGAGUGAAGAUGGGCAAUCUUCCUCAGAUUCAUUUUCUAUAAGAAGAUCUUCUCGAUGCAAACAAAAACCAGCUCCAAAAUAUGUUUAUGAUUAUAAAGAGUUUUAUGACAAAAAUGCGGUAAAUCCAAAAUAUAAGAGUUUUUAAGGUUAAUCUUUUUUUCAGAUCGUGGUUAAAAAAUUGAAAUUGCCGAAAAAGAAGUUGAUUUCACAAAUCAAAAAAAGUGAUCGAAAUAAAAAAUAUGACGAUAUUUUUUCAUCAGUUGUUCAAAGUGCAAAAUACAUCGAUUCUUUGGACGAAAGUUCAUCGGAAAAUAAUUCAGAAGAUGAAUAUGAACGAUUAAUUAAUCAACUAGAUAGAGAAUUAGAGAAAGAAGAAAAAAGAAAUUCACAAGAGAAUCCGAUUGAAGAUACUAAUAUUGUAAUAAGAAGACAAGAAUCCGAGGAAAAUUUGGAGCCAGAAAUUGUAGAAAUUGUUAGAUUCGUAUGCUCGUGUAAAAAUGAAUUUGAAGAUCAUUUGGAAUGUCAUAAACAUAUUAUUGAUAAUGUAAGUUUAUUUGUUUAUCAAUUUAUUUAUGAAAAUUGACAUUUUAUUGGCAUUUUUCCAGCACUCAAAUUCAACAUUUUAUCAAUGUUCUGAUUGUGGAAUGAAUUAUGAUCGAAUUCAUAAAAAUAAUGUUUGUUUGUAAGUUUUAAAUGAAUUUGUGGAGAAAACAUUUUUAAACAUGGGAAAAUUGGUUUUUUUGAAGGAAAGUAGAGAGUUUUAAUGACUGAAGGUCUUCAAAACUGUGAAAAAUUGUAGCUACAAAAUUGCUUACUAAUAAAAUUAGGGAAAGCGAUAACUUUCAGCCUCUAGAUUUCUAUACGACCCAAUUUCUUUGAAAAACCAAACCUUUUGAAAUUUCCCACCUUUAUUUCAUUUUUCCAGCAUUUGCAACGAAUUCACUCUGAACUUGAUGGAUCAUUUAUCAAAUCACUAUAGAGAUAGCACAAAUCAUCGAGCUGUUAUGGAAUGUCGAUUCUGUACUCGACAAUUUUUGACUGUCACUGAAGUCAUUGAACACGAAGAAGCGAAGCAUGGAAAUAAUCGGAAAUUUCGAAAUUAUAAAAAAGCGGUUUGCCCAGAAUGCGGCCUUGAAGCAACUUAUAGAGAGGUACUUUUGAUGAAGUUUUUCCAAUCCACACAUUUUUAAAUUUUUAGAAUCUAAUAUCACAUUAUAACGAACAUUUUUCGGUGGAAUUAUUGUUUGAAUUAGUUAGUCAAUUGCAAGGAAGAAUGAGAAGUGAGUAUUUUUUGAUAGAAAAUGGUAAUAAUAAAUAAGGCGAUGGUUUUUUUUCAGUCGAAAAAGAGGAUUGUCCAUUUUGUCGAUCAUUGAUGGUUUCAAAUCGGAAAGCAUUUCGAAAACAUUUGCUCCAUAUGCAUUAUGAUGCUUGUAAAGCACUUUGUGAGUUUUGCUUUUGGGAAAUACGCUAAUUAAAAUAUUUUUAAAUUGGACUAACUUUUAUAACUCCUCUUCUCUGAAUAUUGUGGAGAUUUCUUUGAAAGUGGUUGAAAUUAAAGAAUUUUUAAAAAUAAUUCCAGAUGUGAAGUUUCACUUAGAAAUUUAGAUUUAAAAAAUAUCAUUUUUAAUUUUUAUUUGAAACGUUUUUCACAUCGUUUUUUUUCAAAUUUUCCAAAAAAAGUUCAAGAAAGUCAAAAUAAAAAUUAUAGCGCGAAAUUUAAUUUCAAUUUUUUUCCUGAAUAAUUUUAUCAGAAAAAGCUAUUUGAAAAUUUCCUUUAAAUUUUUUCCAAAAAGUUUAGUGCAAAAAAAGAUCUUCUCAUAAUUUGAGAUUCAAAAAUACAUGUUUUCAAUAAAUCCUUUUAUGAAUAUUGUUGCAGUAGCCGACAAAACUAUGGAAUCUCAAAAAUCCGACUUGGAAGUCAAAAAAGAGGUUUUCGAAAUGACCGAAGCGUCAACAAUUCCAAUGAAGAGAAUUAAAACCGAAGUUAAACAAGAAUUAUUAGACGAAGAUUAUCCACAUUUCUAG